UAAUGGAACGUCGCACCACGACGUCUUCCAACCACAGACUAAGACAUUUGACUGUACAUUCAUUCAACCUCAGCCCACGUCACGUGUCCACGCGGUGUCUCAGGCUUUGACGUGAAUGCUUCGAGUAUUUAUCCAUAAAGCGUGUUUUGUUAUGGACCGUUAUUACCGUGGGACGACGGGGAGAGACUCGAAUGUUUACGUCGCGAGCGAGGCUACGCGAGGGUCUGCUUUUCGGUGUUAAGAGUUUAUGUCGGACUUAAAAAAACUACACAAUAAAGAAUGUUGACAAGUGAUUUUAAAGGACGGUGGACGGUUGUUUCCGAUCUCAGGACAAAUGGAUCAACCAGAGGAGGCACUGGAGCAGAUCGCCAUAUGGUUCAGUGAGGAGGGACUCGCUCCCGACUCCCCAAAGGAGGCUCAGGUGUGUUUGCUAUGGAGUGCCCUCCAGCGCACAAGAAGCCGUCUUCACAGUGUGACAUGGGACUUGGACACCCAGCGCUCACAACACUCAACCGAGAUGGCAGAGGUACGCAAGUCCUUGGAGAAGAUUCACAUCUUUACAGAGCAUAAAGAUGUUUUGACUCAGGAGAUACAAGAUGAAAACAAUCAGCUCAAGGACCAGCUGGGACGCGUAAUAUCCCUUCAAGAUUCCCAGAUAAGUGAGGUGGCGAAGAUGCUGUACCAGCAGGGUCUCACAGAGUUGAUUCACAGCAGCCCCAGUGAGCAGGUGGCCUACCUCCUGGUAGAGAGAGCCUCCCUACUAGAGUCGAGUGAUGAUCGUAACAAUCGGAUGGGUGAUGGAAACACAGACGUCCUGGUGGGGACUGAAGCCCAUGCAUUGAACAGCAAUGCAGAACAGUCUUGCCACAAGGGGGCACCACAUCACGGCCAGAGCCCAUGGAAGAGACUCUUUGGACUCCACAAAGCUUCACACAGCAAAAAUACUUUUAUUCCUAUUGAGGCCAGGCAUUUGGCAAGCAGCAUUGAGAGGGAAUGUUCCCGCCUGGAGCGGGACCUGGAGGAGGGCUCCCGCCGGCUGGGCAUGGCCCACAAUGAGAUCCGCCGUUUGACUGAUGAGCUGGAGUCUGCUCACUUGACCCAAAGAGCUUAUGAAAUAGUGGAACUGCGUAAGGCCAAAGAGCUGAACGAUCGCCUGGACCUUGAGAUCAGAGCCUUGAGGAGCAGGGUACGCACCCUGGAUGCUGAGAGAAGCUCUUUGCAGCAGAUGGUGGGGCCGCUGCAGGAGAGGGUGGAGCAGCUGGAGUCGGCUCUGCAGGAGCAGCUGCAGCUCCACACUCAGCAGGUUCAUGCCAACGGGGCCACAGAGCUGGCCGAAUCUCAACCAGCGGAGGUAGUACAGAGCAACCAGACCUGCAGACAUUUACAAGAGGAACUCACUGCCCAGACAAGAUGUCUUUUGGAAAAGGAGGAAACUGCGGUGUCUCUGCAGAGGGAGGUGGUGCAGCUGGAGGCAGCCCUGCAGGAGCAGCAGCAGCAGCUUCUCACUGUGCAGGAUCAAACCAACCUGGUUAAUGAGUUAGCUGCUGUACAUUCCCUCAAGCAGCAGCUGGAUACGUCCCAUUAUGACCUGAAUAACAUCAAAGCUACCAUCUUCACCACAGACAACAAUGUUCAGGAUCAAAAGCUGUGGGGGGAAAAUGAGCAACGCUUUGAAAACACUCACUGUCAGCUGAAAGAUGAUAAAGAGGUACAGACACAACGAGAGGUGCUGCAAAACAAAGAAAUCCCACUGCGUAAGGAGUGUCCUGAUUCUCAAGAAACCGUGAAGACUCUGUUGGCCUCCCAAGAUGAGUGUGAGACACUCAAGAAGGAGAUCUGUGAAACCCUUAAAUGCCUCGACAAAGAGCGGAGUAAAUACCACGAAGUGAAAGAAAAGCACAAGGCAAAACUGUGUCGAGCCAAACAUAAAUGUGAUGAGGAAUCAAUGUGGCGCGAUGAGAAGAUAAAGAAUCUAGAGCGGCAGCUGUCUUUGUGUUCCCAUUCGCUAUCAAAGGAGAAAGAGCUUAUCAUAAGUAUAACUGUGGAAAAUGAGAAACUACUUGUUGAGAGGAGAAGGCUACUACAACAGCUAAAUGAAGAGGAGCACAACAAGAAGGACAGCAAUCUAACAGCAUCUUUGUCCAAAUGCAGGGUGGAUUUUCUCGAGAUGGAAAACAAGAAGCUAGGAAACAAAAUACUCCACAUGUCCAAUCAGAUCGCUGUCCUGGAACGCGCCCUGCAAAACAUGCAAUCACUCCACUUUGCUGAGGAACUGAAGAAAACAUCUAAUUGUAUUGAGGUUUUUAAAUCCCUUGCUGUGCAAACUUCAAGUGGGAUGAUGCCUGAGAUGUCUGAAAUCCAGGGGUUAUUUGAUAAAAGUCAGAGAAAGCAGACAGAUGUGACGUCCUCCCGUCACUGCUUCAUCUCUGGGCCUCAAUCAGCAGAGAUGGGCUACCUGAAUCUGACCUCCGCUCAGAGACACUCUGACCCCUCGUCUCCCCCGGCUGCCCUCAGCAACUCAGACAGUUUUUCCUGGUUUGGAAGUGAUGGUGACACAGGACUGGUCGUUGCCUGAAGCUAGGAUUGGGUAGGGCACCACCAAAAGAGACGACCCAUUCUCUGCUUUGAUCCUCUUACGCCCUCGCUCCUCCUUUGGAGGAGGGCCGAGGAGUCCCACGAGGCCUCCGUUGUUUUUCCCGUGCUCCAUGCCGUGGCCGCAGGCUAAACCUGAGAUGAGGUGAGAUGUGGGGCCUCCACCCAGCCGGCUGUGGCAGCUCAAGGUGGGUGUGGUGGGGGUGAUGAUCUCCGAAGUGUUGAGGUUGCCUGUUCUGGAUGCCAGCGCAACACCUGUCGAAUGCAAAGGUGAGGCGAGCCAGUCAUGCAAAUUGCAGCAACAUGGAUGAACAGCAUCUAAGGAACAGAGAUAUAAAAUGGACGUCUUGUCGGAUGGUUAGUAAGGCGAUAGUAAUAUCACUCUCCUGUGUAGGGACUUCAGGUUAUAGUCUUUCAUUCUUAGUCUACCUGUUACAUAUGAGUACAACACAGAGAAGUCAUUAUUAUGAACAUUAUUUCCAGAGCUAAUGAUGCAUGAAUUCCACAAACCGCAGGACAGCAAUCUUUGCUUCCUUGUUUCUACAGCAACAGGGAGUACCAACUGGACAAACGGGGGCUACCUGAGACGUGGUUCGUCCUGGAGGGGUGGUCUAUAAGUUGACGCAGAUGCCAGUCUUCCCAUAAUCCUCUGGCUUUAAUAGCUGCCUUAUCGUCCAGAUUCAAGUUUACAUCCCCCAGAAUACGACCUGCCAUGGAUGGUGUGUUGGAAGGAGCAGCAGUGUUGAGUUUGUGCAAACUGGCCUGCAGUCUCCUCUUCUUGCCCUCACUGACUGCCUCAUACAGUCCUGUCAGCUUUUGCUGCUGCUGCCUCUUGGUUUUCACCGACUUCCUGGUCACAGCUUUUCUGAGUUUCCUUUGCAUCUCUGAUUCCUGGCUAACUGAGCUGACCCCACUAGUAGAUGUUGUUGCCCUGCGCUUCCUGAUCUUUCUCAGCCACACAUACGGAGCGGUGCUGCUUCUCACCACACCUCUGAUCGCGGUGGAGACUCUGACCGGACUGCUGGGCCCUCACUCAGUUGUCGCUCACAGGACCGUGAGUGAGACUCUGAUGGACUCUGAUGGACAACGUUGUUAUGUUGGGGAAGUAACUGUGGAAGAGGAGGAGGAGGAGGAGAGUAAAGACAACAAAAACAAAGUAAAGGUGUUGUCUUAUCAUGCUGUCAGCUACCUCUGCUGCCUGUCAGUGUGGGUCGUCGUCGCCCUCAAUGUCAGGUGGCGAUUGAAGCGGGAGGAAGCGUGGGCUGUUGCCUGCUUGCACACAACCAACUCCCUCAUUAGAUGCUUGCCCAACCUGUUCAGCCCCAUAUCCAGCACUGUGAAUCCCUGCUGGGGCAUGGCCUUCCUCUCCCUCCUCCUGUUCCUCCUGACCAUGAGCACAAGUCUGCAGCGUCGACACUGGGCUCCUGCACUGACGGCAAGGACACGCAAAGAGAAACAGGGAGUUAAUAACGGUGACAGUUGCCGGCAAGACCUCGCACCAGCACCUUCUGGGCCUUCCGAGCCUCUGAACCCUGGGAUGCCGGAGUCGGAGGCAGCACAGUGUGUUGACCCAGAGAAAACAGAGAGCAGCUGCACCGUUCACAGAGCGUAUUCCCGGAACUGCGUGCAGAUGUCGGCACAUCACCAUGGAGACUUUGUUCUCAUCUCCCCUGAAUGUUUGUCUGCAAAAGGAAGAGUACAGGAGCACGAAUGGACACAGAAAUGUAUACCUUUGACGUUCAUCAUGGAGGACGUGGACGCACAAAACAGGAGCCAAAGUGGGUGGCGACAGGGGGGGUUUCUCUGCCCGGGGGUGAAUGUAAUGAUAGGGUUUGUGGGUGUGCUCUCCAUCUUUGUGCUGCCUCUAUACCUCAGUGUGAACAUUCUUCUGAUCAGGACUAUAGAGAUUCUGCUGAAGCUGUGUAUCACAUCUUUAGUUUCAUCUUCAGCUAACACAAGGAAUGCAUCCACCUCCCACAAGGAAACAUUUGUAUAAAACCAGACUG